GAAAAGAUCCGAUUCACUGGAAUGAUUCAUUUACCAAGCGGACAUCGCUAACUGGAAGCAGCUUGUUCAACGUUGUUCAGCAAUAACAGUUAUGGAGGUCCCAGGUCCUGAUAGUGAUUGGAGGAGUCCAGCCUUUCGACAGAAAGUAGUGGCACAAAUAGAUGAAGCCAUGAGAAAAGCAGGAACUGCUCACACAAAGUCCAGUACUGACAUGGAGAGCCAUGUUUUUAUCAAAGCAAAGACCAGAGAGGAGUAUUUAUCUCUGGUUGCGAGGCUGAUAAUUCAUUUUAGAGACAUUCAUAAGAAGUCUCAAGGUGGGCCUGACCCCAUGAAUGCCCUGCAGAAUUUACCAGGAGUGGGUGGAGGUGGUCCUGGAGUUAUUGGCAUUGGACCACGCCCCCCUGGUGCACCAAUGGGUGGUAUGGGGCCAAUGGGGCAAAUGCAGAUGGGUCAACAUACCAUGCAGGGAGGCCAGCAGGCUGCAGUGGCUGCCGGGCAGAUGCAGAUGAUACAGCAGCCGCAACAGCAGCAGUCCAUGCAGUUCCAGCUGCAGCAGCAGGCUGUCAUGCAGCCUCAGCAGCAGAAUGCCAUGCAGCAGCAGAUCCAACAGAUAAGGCACCUCCAACUUCAACAACAGCAGCAGCAGCACCAUCAGAAUCAACAAAUGCAGCAUCAGAAUCAGCAACAGCAGCAAGCCCAGACUCAGCAGCAACAACAGAACCAGUUGCACCAAACCAGAAUGCAGCAACUGCAGCAACUGCAACAGCACCAACAACAACAACAGCACCAACAACAACAACAACAACAACACCAACAACAACAACAGCAUCAGCAACUGGCUCAUGCACAGGCUCAAGCUCAAGCCCAGGCUCAAGCUCAAGCCCAGGCUCAGGCUCAAGCUCAAGCACAAGCACAGGCCCAGGCCCAGGCCCAGGCUCAGGCUCAAGCUCAAGCUCAAGCUCAAGCACAGGCCCAAGCCCAAGCCCAGAAUAUGCAGCAAAUGCAGCAGCUUCAAGCCCAGGUUCAGGCUCAGGUCCAAGCUCAAGGUCAAGGCCAGGUACAGGCUCAGGGAGUGGCAGGUCAGAUGCCCCCUCACUCGCAGCAGCAAGUCUUGGUGCCCCAGUCAUUACCACAAAUGGCUCCAGGACAGCAUCAACAAAUCAGCUCACUCAGCCAACAGCAGCAGCAACAUCUGAAGCUACAGCAGGUAAUGCAGCAGGCGAGAGUUUUGCAGCAGCAACAGCAACAGCAGCAGCAACAACAACAACAACAACAACAACAGCAGCAGCAGCAGCAGCAACAACAGCAGCAGCAGCAGCAGCAGGUUCAACAAGUCCAGCAGGGGGCCCAGCUCACAGCAGUCUCUGGCCAGAUGAUGCCCCGGAUGCAAAUUCCACCUCGGUUGCCCCGCGCCACCCCGAACUCUGCCAUUCCUCAAAACCCCGCUGCCAUGGGAGGACAGCAAAUGCCACAGGGUCAGCAAAUGAUGUCAUCACCCUCCCCAGUUCAUGUGCAGACGCCCCAGUCGAUGCCACCUCCCCCACAGCCUCAGCCAUCUCCCCAGCCUCCUUCCUCUCAGCCCAACUCUGUCAGCUCUGGUCCGACCCCAUCUCCAGGAGGUUUCCAACCCAGUCCCUCUCCCCAGCCAUCCCAGAGUCCUGCCUCUUCACGCACCCCACAGAGUUACCCCCUUCAGGUACCUUCACCUGGACCCCUGAAUACACCAGGCAAUCCAAACUCUGUGAUGAGUCCAGCAGGGGCUUCACAGUCUGAGGACCAGCUUUACAUGGAUAAACUGAAGCAGCUGUCAAAAUAUAUUGAGCCGCUGCGCAGGAUGAUUAACAAAAUAGACAAAAAUGAAGAUAGGAAGAAGGAUUUGAGCAAAAUGAAAAGUUUGCUUAACAUUUUGACUGACCCCAACACAAGGUGUCCACUUAAAACACUACAGAAGUGUGAAAUAGCAUUGGAAAAACUAAAGAAUGACAUGGCAGUGCCAACUCCUCCCCCUCCCCCAGUGCCCUGUACCAAAAAGCAGUACCUGUGCCAGCCGCUGCUGGAUGCUGUCUUGGCCAACAUCCGCUCCCCGGUUUUCAACCAUUCACUUUACCGCACAUUUGCUCCUGCGAUGACAGCAAUUCAUGGACCCCCAAUCACGGGCCCCUCAAUUCCUUCCCGUAAGCGGAAGCUUGAGGAUGACGAGCGCCAGACCAUCCCUAACAUACUUCAAGGGGAGGUGGCUCGGCUUAAUUCCAAAUUCCUGGUCAAUCUGGACCCGUCCUUUUGCAGCAACAAUGGAACGGUGCAUCUCAUAUGUAAACUAGAUGAUAAAAAUCUUCCCAGUGUUCCCCCUCUUCAAUUGAGCAUUCCUGCUGACUACCCCGAUCAGAGCCCCCACUGGGAAGAUGACGGUCAGCAGUAUGAGGCCAACCCCUUCUUGCAGAAUGUGCAUAAGAACAUGACUUCUAAACUCCUUCAGCUCCCUGACAAGCACUCUGUGACGGCACUGCUGAACACCUGGGCUCAAAGCGUGAGACAGGCUUGCCUUUCAGCUGCUUAGUUGUUUUCCCAUCCGCACUAGCAGCCCAGUAUAAUCCUUGCACCUCUAUGGAAUGAUGGCAAUAUAUUAAUACUUUCUUUGUCUUUUUUUAUUUACAUGAAUAAUCAUCUGUUUGUUUUCUUUAUUUCAGUACACUAAAGCCUUAACUGUUUGUGCAUUGCUCGAUCAAUAAAGUCAUUUAAACUGCUGUUUCAAUCUGAAA